CAGUUCACUUAUAUUCAAUUCUAUUGAAAAAGCAAUAUUAAUCUUAUGCUGUGCAUUUACAGGCCCAAUGCUACGGGCCAGGAACUUCGCAGGUGAGAUGCUUGUGCAUAAAAACAUAUAGUCGUCAGUGUUUUCAGUCAACUGAGAGGUAUCAGCAGGGUAGAAAAAACCGAGCUAAAAAGUAGAAAUAAAUGCGUUCUAUACCACGGAGCGCGUUCUAUGAAGUGUUCGAUUGUAGUGAAGUGUCAAUCGGGUGUAGUUGGACAGCUCUUGCGCCCAUAAGGAGGCUACCGAUCGUGCUGGCAUUAAUUGUUUGAGAGCAAACUUUUUUUAAGUGUCAGUUAGAUUGUCAUCAAAUACCCCACAAAGAGCGCGAAAUGGGUUCAGUUGACGCGGUCAACUCCCUGGUCGCCCAAAUUCUACGACGGGAUACUCUUGAGGAAGCGUUCAAUGCAUUUAUUGUGCAUAAGGAGCCUCUAGAUGGACCGAAGGGAGGCUUUAACUCUGGACUCGUCGAAGAGCUGUCGGUUGUUCUUUCCAACCCCACAGAUACCUCGGACGCGGCACUCCGAACUUUCGUCUCCUUGGCUACGCAACUGCGCAGCCACAAACAGCUUGCCAAGUUAUUAACCAUCCUUGAGCAAACAGCAAAUGAAGGGAAAGUUUACCCUCGUCAGGUGUGUGAAGCUGUCAUGGGAGGACUUGAUUUCCAGCAUGCCGAGUUUUGGGUGCAAGCCCUUGGCCUAGUAGAGAGACUCCUACCAAAACUCGACUAUAAAGGUUGCAGGGACGUGCUCAAGUUGAUUUUUGAAAAGACACAACGGAUCCCGUCAACAGUCAAUUUGUCCUGUAUGCGACAGCUACAAGUGCUGGAGUCCGUCGCCGAGUUGCUUCUAGAUAGAGACCAAGCGCUUUGUCCGUCAUACCUGGUUCUCGAUGAUGUGCAAAAAAGACUCGUCAACAAGGAUUGGCCACACUGGAAGAUCGCGAGGCUCGUAUCGUCCUUUGUUGAUAGUUUUCGGCCAGUGGCACAGCUUGUCACUAUAGUUGGAAGAUCGCGUUUAGUCCCAGUCGUGGGGCAUUCCGCUGCAAGCGGCUACUCCUGGCAAAUUGACCGCGUAUAUGCGAGAUUCAGCCUCAAGGGCCAGUUGCCCUACAGUCCAGAGGCAACUCGCAGCCAAACAAACUUGCUGCGGUACGUUUUAGCCCAGCCAUAUUCUCGUGAAAUGGUCUGUGCAAUGCUUGGGCUAAACAAGCAGCAAAAACAGAGGUGCAUUGUUUUGGAGAAGCAGCUCAUCGAGCUAAUAGUAACGGCAAUGCGGCGGUCCGAGGUAGAGCCACUCAACUCUGAGUCUCUAUGCCAGUUUUGGCAGAAUAUCAGCUCGCAGCUAAUCUACUUUGUCUUGUUCCAAUACAUCUCUUUCCCAGAUCUGGUAAUCGGUCUUCAUACACAAUUGGCUGCCUCCCCACUUCGUAAGGGGCGAGAUCAGUUGAUGUGGGUACUUCUGCAGUUUAUUUCGGGAUCAAUCCAAAAAAAUUCGCUCAACGAUUUUCUGCCCGUUUUACGUCUCUACGACUUACUCUAUCCGGAGUCUGAACCCCUACCGUUUCCUGAUGUCACCGACCCCAGUUGCACGCACAAGCUUGCGGUGACAUGCAUAUGGGUACAUCUUAUGAAAAAGGCUCAAGGGGAGCGCGGGAUGCAACGUCCAGUUCCACAGGCGCUUUCAGUUCACCUUGAAACACUUCAACAGGCCUUGUCACAACAUCAAACAUCCGAUUAUUGGACGUCUCUUCUAUGUAACGCUUACUCCACAAAUGUCGAGUGUUUUUCUCGGCCCAUGGGAGUUCUAGUAGAAGCGAUUCAGGGCAGUUCUGGGGGACAUGCUACGGCUACGCAGCCCCUUUCAAUGGGCAUGUUGGAUUCGUUGACCGUUCACACGAAAAUGUCACUAAUUCACAAUAUUGUUACUCAUUUUAUGAAGGUUGCACCCACACCGGCAUCGAAACAGCUUAGUCAAAAUCAACAAAAUCAGCCGCAGCAGAUUCUUUCGCCAGCUCUCGUUGAGACCUACUCUAGACUAUUGGUGUACAACGAGAUCGAGUCUCUUGGCAUUAAGGGAUUCAUGUCACAUGUUCUGCCUCACGCAUUUCGGCAGCAAGCCUGGGCGAUACUUCACACACUUCUUGAGAUGUUUUCGUAUCGUCUACAUCACAUUCAGCCGCACUACAGGAUUCAGUUGCUAUCUCACUUACAUAUGCUGGCCGCAGUUCCCCAAUCAAACCAGACACAGUUGCACGUUUGUAUGGAGUCUACCGCAUUGCGCCUUAUUACCGGACUAGGCAGUGGAGAGGUACAGCCACAACUAUCCAGAUUUCAGGCUGAGCCGAAGUCAUUGCUUUCGUUGGACUCGGAAGAGCUCAACAAGGCUCUGAUAUUGUCGCUAGCCCGGGCAAUCCACGUAACUGGGUCAGAAAGUCUCUCAACCGUAUGGUGCAAGGAUCUUCUACAAGCCGCACUGACAAAUACUCCUCAUAGCUGGAGCAGUUUAACCCUUGAUUGCUUCCCUAGUUCGCUUGCGGAAUUCCUCCGGGUCAACCAAUCGCAGCGUGAAAAUAAGGCCCAAUUAAAACGGUCAGUUGAGGAGGAAUAUCGCAAAUGGAAAACGAUGUCUAACGAGAACGACAUCGUUGCGCACUUCUCACAAUCACCCAGUACCAGCGGGCAAGCUGGUGGAGGUGGGACUAAUCCACAUCUAUUCGUAUGUCUCCUAUGGAAGAUGCUUCUCGAGAAUGAUCGAAUCCCUCCGUUAGCGUACAAGAUUCUUGAUCGUCUCGGAGCAAGAGCACUGUCUCUGCACGUUCGGACGUUCGCUGAUUUUCUUGUUUAUGAGGUAUCCACGUGUGGUCAGGACCAGAUGCUCCUAAAUAAAAGUAUCGAUGCGGUGAGCGACUUGAUCUGGAAGUGUUACGUCAUUCCUCUUGACAGAUUAAUUCUCACGCUUGCACUGCGACCCUUCGAGGGUAACGAGCAGCAGGUGGGCUUCUUCAUUAUUCAACGACUUCUCAUUAGUAACGGCGAGUUCAAGUCGCGCGUCUACGAUUUCGUCAAAGAAAAUUCGCCUGAGCAUUGGACGCAGUCUGACUGGCACGAACGUCAUCAACAGUUCCAGCGAAAGUACCCUGAGAAAUUUUUCUGGGAAAAUCUGCCUGACUCGAAUCAACCCCACCACUAUUUACCCGUGUACUUCGGUAAUAUCUGUCUGCGAUUCUUGCCGGUAAUGGAUAUUGUUAUUCACCGUCUGAUCGAGCUCCCGGUAAACAACUCUACGACAGUGUCUGUUGAAAGUUUGCUCGAUCAUCUUGGACUGCUUUAUCGCUUUCAUGACCGUCCGUUGACUUAUCUCUACAAUACCCUUCACUAUUACGAAAGCAAGCUCCGUGAGCGAUUUGGACUACGGAUCAAAUUGGUAUCAGCGAUUACCGGCAGGAUGAACGAGUGCCCUCUUAGUGAUUAUUUCCGUCAACUCGUCAGCCAACAACAACAAUCGCAAGAGCAAAAAGGAAGACCUGGAGAAAGUGGAUCAAAUCAGAGUGGUGCAGCGCCACCUUCAGCUGUAACUCCUCCGGAUAUGGACUACUACAGGUUUAUUCUCCAGAGGAUAGUAGAAGCUAUAACAGGAAAGAAGACAUCUCCCGUUAUUGAUUGGAGAUUUAAUGAAUUUUCAAACGGAGCAGCGCACACUUUGCACGUGACAUGCAUUGAAUUGAUGGCUUUGCCAGUGGCUCCAGCAGCGGUUGCCAACGGACUUCUUGAUGUUAUUUUACUGGGUCACUCACAUAACGUGGUGCCACGGGACGCUCUGCCCGACUGGAUUAACGCUAUUGGUCUGGUGUUAACAGCCCUUCCUGAAAGCUACUGGGCUGUAUUGAACGACCGUAUACUCAAACUCAUUGAGACUUUGCCUCCGACAACGGAUAUCUUCCAGUAUAUGGAUCUGGCCGGAAAGCAGAAAUCUUACACGGAAUCAUCCACAUCGUAUGUUGUUGCUCUCGUACACGCCGUUUGGUAUCACGCGUCGAUCGGACAGUUGUCACAGAUACCUGUUUUUAUCAAGGAUCGGCUCAAACCCGUUAUCCGCACCGAAGAGCAGAUGUUGGUCCUGUGUCAACUGGUCGCUCCAUUUUUCCAGCGAAUUUCUCUGGAACGAACACGAAGUUUAAUGGAAAUCACGAGAGAAUUGUACGAAAUUCUCGAAAAUGUGGAUAAAGCGCAGAGCCAGCUCCGGUACAUGGACAACAUUGUCGAUCUAUUUUAUCAUAUCAAAUACAUGUUCACCGGUGACUCCGUGAAGGCCGACGUGGAUCAUGUUAUCCGAAACCUACGACCAGAUCUUCAGCUAAGGCUUCGCUUUAUUACACAUUUGAAUGUGGGAGCCCAAGCUGGGGCUGCAGGAUCAACUGGAACCGAUAGCCAAACUGGGUCUACCACCGCCGGCACUAGCCAAGGUCAACAGAAUAUAGGCACUUCGGCGGGUCAGACUGGUAGCAACGUUCAACAACAGUGAUCUUGUACUUAAUUGGUACCACCAUUAGUCAUAAAGUUGGCGGAUCUCGUCGAAAGAUAAACAUGUUUAUAAACAGCCUAGAUGGUACCUAAUCGAUGAUAGAUUUUUUCAAGUAUGUUUGAAUAGCAUCAAUCGACGGGUCAAAAAUUGUAAUGCGAAUUUUAAAGGCGGCCGCUGUUGGUUAUUAGACCUUAAUAUGUGUAUGGACGUUGUAUAUUUUUUCUGUUUAUAGAUAAAUAUUGUCGUGGUCUAACGCGCAAUUAACAAGAACACAUUGCGCGAUAUCAUAUCACCUAUAAAUGAGGCAGUCCUCCUACAAUUACUUUCUAUAUUGAUAGAACGUUGUGCAUAGGCUCAUCUCGAACUCGAACGAUUAACUCCUAGCUUGAUACUCAAGCACAAAUAUUUAAACUACAGCUAUUCCUAUUAUGACGUACGAUGAGAAAAAAAUAUGAUGAUGUAUAUAUUGGGCAAGCGUAAAAAGUUAUUUUCAAAUAAAAGUAACGACUUACUACAGGAAGUCCAAAGUAAAAAUGCA